CGACGGAGAGCGCGAGCCGCGGUUGGUCGCGGUGACGUCGCGGGAACGCGGCGGAGGUCCGUUGGGUGUGUGUGUGUGCGCGCGCGCUCGGGAGCGAGCCUCCCUCACAAGACGAGAGCGGCGCGAGCCGCAGGAGGAGGAGAAGACCGUUUCCGUCCGUCCGCUCGCUCGCUCAGGCGGAGGCCGCUCGCCUCGACCCUCCGGCGCGUGAGGUACCUUCGCUGAGGAGGAGAAGCCGAAGAAGAAGCCGCCGCCGCUGUCCAUGCGGCGCUGGGGAAGGGAGCCGAGGGCCGCGGCUGGCGGCCGGCGCCGACGCCCGGGAGUAAGUUGCUGAGGGGCGCCGAGGGAAUAAGGGAAGAAGAAUGCGAAUCUUUCCUCAGAACUGGAUAUGGAAGUAUCAGCAGAUGAAUCUAUGGAAAACAUGAGGAAAAAUUGAAACUACAUGAGCAAAGCAUAGAUAAGAUGAUACCUUUGGAGAGGGCAGUGCCAUGGUACGUUUGGCAGUGAAAAUGGGUUGUGCAUCUGUUUCAAACACUUUCAUAUGAGAAGACACCAUUUUUAAAAAGUUUCAGCAUUACUACUUCAAGCAGUAUGGCUGGUUUCAAGCGAGGGUAUGAUGGAAAAAUUGCUGGACUGUAUGAUUUGGAUAAAACCUUGGGGAGAGGGCAUUUUGCUGUGGUCAAACUUGCCAGACACGUUUUUACAGGUGAAAAAGUAGCGGUGAAAGUUAUUGACAAGACCAAGCUAGAUACUCUAGCAACAGGACAUCUAUUCCAAGAAGUUAGAUGCAUGAAACUAGUGCAGCAUCCUAAUAUUGUUCGCCUGUAUGAAGUUAUUGACACCCAGACCAAACUUUACCUAAUCUUGGAACUUGGUGAUGGAGGAGAUAUGUUUGAUUACAUCAUGAAACACGAAGAAGGGCUUAACGAAGAUCUGGCAAAGAAGUACUUUGCUCAGAUUGUUCAUGCUAUAUCCUACUGCCAUAAACUGCAUGUAGUUCACAGAGACUUAAAACCGGAGAAUGUUGUCUUCUUUGAAAAACAAGGACUUGUGAAAUUGACUGAUUUUGGCUUCAGCAACAAAUUCCAGCCUGGGAAAAAACUCACAACAAGUUGUGGUUCUCUUGCAUAUUCUGCUCCAGAAAUUCUACUUGGUGAUGAGUAUGAUGCACCUGCAGUAGAUAUAUGGAGCCUGGGAGUUAUCCUUUAUAUGUUGGUAUGCGGGCAGCCACCAUUCCAAGAAGCAAAUGACAGCGAAACUUUGACAAUGAUCAUGGACUGUAAAUACACGGUGCCAUCACGUGUGUCCAAAGAAUGUAAAGAUUUAAUCACACGAAUGUUACAAAGAGACCCAAAACGAAGGGCAUCUUUGGAAGAAAUUGAAAACCAUCCCUGGCUACAAGGAGUUGAUCCAUCGCCUGCAACCAAAUAUAAUAUUCCUUUGGUUUCAUACAAAAAUCUAUCCGAGGAAGAGCACAACAGCAUCAUACAGCGAAUGGUUCUGGGAGACAUCGCAGACAGAGAUACCAUAGUAGAGGCUCUGGAAACCAACAAAUACAAUCACAUCACUGCUACCUACUUCUUACUAGCAGAGCGGAUUCUGAGAGAGAAGCAGGAGAAAGAAAUACAAACCAGAUCAGCAAGCCCAAGCAAUAUCAAAGCUCAGUUUAGGCAGUCAUGGCCAACCAAAAUCGAUGUUCCUCAAGACUUGGAAGAUGACCUUACAGCUUCUCCUCUCUCGCAUGGAGGCGUUCCUCAGUCUCCAGCUCGCAGUGCUGAAAAUGUUCUUAAUGGUCACCGGAGCAAGGCACUUAAUGAUUCAUCAAAGAAGGAGGACAUUCCUGAAUUAGCAGGACCAGCACUUUCCGUCGUUCCUUCGGUGAGCUUAAAACCUACAACUAGCGGUCGGAAGUGCUUGUUUAGGGUGGAAGAAGACGAGGAGGAGGACGAAGAAGAUAAAAAACCAGUCUCCCUUUCAACCCAAGUGGUCCUGCGCCGCAAGCCUUCCGUUACAAACCGUCUGACUUCCCGGAAAAGCGCCCCGGUCCUGAAUCAGAUCUUUGAGGAAGGGGAGUCGGACGACGAGUUUGACAUGGAUGAGAACUUGCCCCCCAAACUUAGCCGUCUAAAAAUGAACAUUGCUUCGCCAAGCACCGUGCACAAGCGCUACCACCGAAGGAAAAGCCAGGGUCGGGGAUCGAGCUGCAGCAGCUCAGAAACAAGCGACGACGACUCCGAAAGCAGGCGGCGUCUCGAUAAAGACAGCGGGUUUACUUACUCCUGGCACAGACGGGAUAGUAGCGAGGGACCUCCCGGCAAUCAGGGAGACGGCAGCGGACAAGGAAAACCAAGCAAUGGAAACGGAGGCGUAGACAAAACGAGCCCUGGCGACAACAACAAAGGGGGCGGGAGUCCUUCCAGUAGUUCUAGUGGAAGCACGAAUAACAAUUCGGGUUCCACUCGCAGGUGCGCCGGAUCUGGAAAUUCAAUGCAGUUGUCUUCAAGAAGCGCGGGCGACCUGGUGGAAAGCCUCAAAUUAAUGAGCCUCUGCUUAGGUUCACAGAUUCACAGUAGCACUAAAUACAUUAUUGAUCCGCAAAACACCAUCUCCUUUUCCAGCGUCAAGGUACAGGAGAAAUCCACGUGGAAGAUGUGCAUAAGUUCCUCUGGGAAUGCAAAUCCAGCUUCGUCCUUGGGCAGUAUAAAAUUCUUUUCUGAUCAGAUGUCGGACACUGCAAACGAAUUAGAAAGGAUAAAGAGCAAGAACUUGAAAAAUAACGUGCUCCAACUACCUCUGUGUGAAAAGACUAUAUCUGUGAAUAUUCAGCGAAACCCGAAGGAGGGAUUGCUGUGUACCGCUGGCCAAGCUACUUGCUGUCACGUUGUUUGACAGUAAUCGGACUUAACUCAUUCUACUUGACAUCACCAAUCUUCCUUUUCUGCGCUGUGAAUACUUUAUUUCACUGAAACCCUUCAUUGUCAUUGUCUUAAUAUUUUUAAAUGAGCUUUGAGCAGUAAUUUAUUACAUUUUAAUUUAGUUUGCUUGAAAUGACAAUGCAUGAUUUUGUGCAUGCUGCUAGCCAACAAAUUUUUUUUUUGUUCCCAACGAUAACAGGAUUUGUGUACUUUUUUACAUUUAUAAUUUUACUAUAGAAAAUCUGGAUUGCAGUAAGGCUUGUGUCCGAAUCCAGUGUAAAUGAAGCACUUAGUAGUUUCACAUUCUGCACUUAAAUGAGAGAGAGAGAGCGCUUUUGUUUCUUUGUGAAAUGUCCAAUCUUGUUCUGAUCUUCUGUGUUUCCUAAACUAUGUGAGAUGUGGCAUAAUUCUGUGUGUUUGCAACAGAACCAAAGCAAUAAUGUUUUGAUGCUGAAAACUUCUGUGAGCUUUCAGAUUUCCAAGGCUUGUACAAAGCAAGGAUGCACUGAGAAUUUAAGAGAUCUUGAACUAUAAUUUUUAUCCCCACAUCUCUUUUGUCUUAAACUAUAAUAUGCAUGAGAUGGUGGCCGAAGAUCUUGGUUUGUUACAGACAAGAUGGGGGGAAAUAGUUAAGCAGCUUCCCCCGAGAAAAAUUGUACAUGCAGACAAUCUUUUAAAAACUGUAUUACAAAGGAAAAUUAUAAAGUCAUCUGCUUGGAGUAUUUUUAAAAAAACAAUCUAAGGGAGAACACAUCUGUUACUAGAGUCUAUUAUCAUGGCAGUUGUUGGGUACAGUGCAAGACUAUUUAAAUUGGACCAAUUUGUGUGACUUUUGAGAGGUCUUUUCCAGUAAGCUAGUUCCUGUAAAUUAACUAGCCAUAAGCAUAGUAAAAGGCUUAACAAAGUUUCCUCUUCCUGUCUUUCACCCCACAGCAUUUUGAAGCCUGCUCUCAAUAUUAUUGAUUACCUGAAGGAUGUAACUGAGCAUCUUAAUUCCACAUUUCCAUUAUUUCCAUGUAAACAAAUGAACAGGCCAAUCAAGAUGGGUGUCCGUGUAGUGUGGGAUAUAUCAAAAGUGCUCCAAAAUGCAGCACUGUAUCCAGUCAUCUAAACCAAUCGUUUAAGUGAAUUUAGGUAGAGCAGAAAACAGUUGCUAGAAUUUGAAUAGGAGGUCUGUUCAGAUCAGGAAGGAUCUUAUUGGGAGUGCAUUAACAUUGUGCAUCCUAAAUACACUCCACAGAUCUCAAAACGUGCCAUGUACUGCAAAUUUCUAGAAUUUUUUUUCCAAUAUAAAAUUUAGUUUGGGGUAUAACAGUCUUGUUUAUUUCCCUUCCAUAACUCUCUCUCCAAAUUGAGUCAGACAACACAAGUUGCAUGGAUCAAUUUCUUUUUACAUUCUGCACAGCUCUUCGUUUUUCUCUUUUUUUAACCCCUUGCUACUGAGAUGUCAGCAGAUAAGUAGGCUGGCAUUUUUAAUGUACAAAAGGAAACUUUUGACCAGGUGAACUUGUUUGAACUUUUAUCUAGAAUAAAAUAUAUUGCAGAUUCCCAAUUUUGGGAAGGACAAGAAUGUUAUUUUUUCAAGCUCUGUGCGCUGGGUCUUCAAAGCAAUGCUGGUAAGUAUUGAUGGUAUUAUGUAGCAACAACCCAGGCAGGCACUGAUUAAGAGACUACACAGUUUAGUAUCUAAAUGCUAGCAAAAUGGUCAAGUAGAAUGCAUUUCAUUUACCUUAUAGACUGUAGAGCACCAAAGAACUGUUUUUGGUUAUGUUUGCUUCUUUUAGUGUGGCAAAGGAUGCAAUUCAAAGCAUAUUUACAAGGAAGUAAAUCCCAGUGUGUUCAGCAUGGCUUACUUUCAAGUAAACAUGUUCAGAAUUAGGCUGCAAAUCUCAAUCGUGCAGCCUAUUUUAUUAUCAAGCUUAGGAGGGGAAUAUAUUUUCCCAGCAAAGCAAGUUACGAAUGAAACACUUUGCUUUAGUUUUAUUUUUUAAGCUUAUGUUGCAAUGUAGUUUUAAAACAUCCUAUCAUACAUGUAUGAUAUCUACACAGUUGAAAGCUACAAGAACAGGCAUGCCGGCGAAGCCAUAGCGCAUAUUUCUUUGAAAUUUUCUUAAGCAGGGAUCUUACAAAGGGCCAGAAAUAUGGACAGUUCACAGAUGACGGUGAACAGAGCAUCUAUAUAAAAAGUAGGAGAAAGUUUAUAAAGGGCAUUGGCAAUAAACUGUUGCAGCUUUUUAUUUUCAAGUCUUGUAAAUAUUCUUUCCACACGUUAUGUACAGCCUUGGAAUGGCACCUUUUGACUAAUCCCAGACGUUUUUUCAUUCCCUCUGUUUUUUAUAUACAAAUGUGUAUAUACGGUGCUCACUUUAGAACAGCAGUGUUGACCAUUUAUGCUGCAUAGCUGUAACAUAGCCUUAUUUAGUUGUGUAUGGUUGGUUGAACCUCUGGGUGUACAGAUGUUAGCUUGAGUGUUGUCUUUUUAAUCCAUUUAUUCACCGGUGAAUGAUUGUGCAUGUGUUGUAUGUUGUAUUACGUCAUGUUAAAAGGAGGGAGAGAAUAACCACUACAUUGAAAUAUAUUGGACCAAACUAUUAUAGAACAAGUAACAGUUUCUUGUACCCCUUAAAUCUGUCUUUACAAGUUGCAUAUAGUCAACGUAGCAUAUAAAUUAAAUAUUGUGGAAAGCAACUAGUCUUGUAUUUUUCUGUAUGUGUAUAUAAUGUACCUCUAGCAACUUUAUCUGUAUUAAGAUGUGACAAUCUUGACACAGAAUUUUACAAUUAGUAAAAUAAAGCAGAAUAAAAUGGAGAAAAGCUACGUGUAUUAGGGGGAGGGUACAGAAAUACCAGUUGAUCCUUGUCAAUUGCUUCCAGCGAUGUUUGGCUUUCUUCAUUGUAUAAACAUUCAUGGUGUGUGACAAAUGGAAAAAAAAUCCAGUUAAUAAAAAUGACCUCUUGAUUGGUGCAUAAA